AUGGGCAAACAGCUCUUUAACAAUUUCUCCGUCUGUCGCAAAGAAAUGCUGCAGCUGGAGCGGAUUGCCCACGCCCUUGGUUUCCCGCAGAUGCUGCCCGUCAUCGAGGCCGACGAGGGCCGCGAUAUCGGCGAGUUCUUGCCGGCUGCGGUCCAACUAGCCAGCAUAUGCAUGCAAAUUGCGCUAUGCCGUCUAUGGGCAUCCUGGGGUAUCGUCCCCGACGCAGUUGUCGGCCACAGCCUAGGGGAGUACGCUGCUCUUAAUGCUGCCGGCGUGCUAUCCGACGCCGACACCCUCUACCUCGUGGGUAAGAGGGCCGAGUUGCUCCAGGAGCGAUGCACAUGUGACACCCACGCCAUGUUGGUUAUCAGAGCAUCAGUGGCGCAGAUUGAGAGCGUCGAGGGUGAUGUUACCAAACACAAGGUAGAGUUUGCGUGUAUUAACUCCCCUGUUGAGACAGUGUUGGCUGGAACCAAAGACGCUAUUACAGAGUCAGCAGCGAUUUUGACAGGUGCGUCACUCAAGGCGACUCUUCUCAAGGUCCCGUAUGCGUUCCAUUCCGCGCAGUUGGACCCUAUGCUGUCGGAGCUGGAGCAGGUCGCCAAGUACGUUAGAUUUUCUAAGCCGACGGUGCCGGUGCUCUGCCCCGUAGAUGGCAGUCUCGUCAAGGAUGUCGGUGUCUUUGGCCCCCAGUACAUGGUUCGUCACUCGCGUGAGCCUGUGAAUAUGCUUCAAGCACUUUCAGCAGCACGUAACAACAACGUCGUCACCGACCUGGCUGCCAUGUUGGAGAUUGGGCCGCACCCAGCCAUAGGAGCCAUGAUCCGCGCUGUCUUGGGUUCGCAUGUGCCCACACUCGCUUCAUGCCAGCGUGGUCGGUCGACCUGGCACGUUCUUACUGCGUCCCUAAAGCAUAUGUACACAGCGGGAGCUGAUAUCCGUUGGCUAGAGUACCACCGUGACUUCAAAAGCUCGCACAAGGUCAUCUCGUUGCCAUUGUACAACUGGGACAUGACAGACUACUGGAUCCCCUAUCUGCACGACUGGUCGCUGCGCAAAGGCGACCCUCCCCUUAUCAUCAACAGCGGUGGGGGCCCGAGACUCGACACCACGACUAUUCACAGAGUUGUCCAAGAGACACCAUGUUCCGCUGACCAGCUCCGCGUAGUUGUCGAGGCUGACAUCCAACGCCCGGACCUGAGUCCGGUCGUUCAGGGGCACGAGGUCGAUGGCAUCCCGCUGUGCACUCCAUCGGUCUACGCGGAUAUCUCCUUGACUCUAGGAACGUACCUUGUACAACGUUAUCGCCCAAGCCAAGCUGGAAAUCUCGUCGACGUGACCGAUAUGACCAUUACCAAAGCCUUGAUCUUGCGGGCUGGCCAAAAGCAGCAACUUCUCCAAGGGCACGCCCAUGUUGAUUGGUCAACCAAUUCUGCCGUUGUGGUUUUCAUGUCCUUUGACCCAAUACAGAACAAACAAAAACUACAGGAGCAUUCCCGUUGCCCGCUGCGCUUCAAAGACGGACCACCUCUCCAGAAGUCACUACAAAAGGGCGUGUCUAGAGUAACACAGCGGCUACAAGCUCUCCGAGACGGUGUCGGCCACGGCACCACCGCCCGCUACAACCGGGCCAUGGCCUAUCGCGCCAUCAGGCCGCUGGCUAGAUUCCACCCAGACUACCGUGCCGUCGAUGAGGCUAUUCUCGACAGCGUCAAACUGGAGUGCUCUAGCCAUCUCAACUUCACCACCUUGAAGAAGGGCGGCAAAUUCCACACUCACCCGGCCGUCAUUGAUGCCCUGACACAGUCGUGCGGCUUCACCAUGAACUGCAAUGAUAGCGCGGACCUAGACGAGGACAUAUAUAUGAACCAUGGUUGGGGCUCGCUGCAGUUAUUCGAAGACAUCGAUCUGCAAAAGUCUUACAGAACUUAUACGCUCAUGAAGGAAGGUAUAGACAACAUGUACCAUGGAGAUGUUGUAGUCUUGGAUAACCAUGACAAAGUCGUCGCAUUCUUCGGGCAGAUUACUAUCCAACGCGUGCCACGCCGGGUAUUGAAGGUAAUACUGACCAUUGAGAGUGGCGCCAAAUCCCAGAGACAAGUUACGACAAGCCGGUCAGAAAUCGCAACUAUGAAGACUCCCACAUCUGACCCGGCAAAGCCCAUCAUCCGGCAUUCUAGCUCUGCUGCGGCUGUUCCGGAUCCCGUCUCCGCAAAAGAAGAUGCUGCUGCUCGUUCAUCGCCUGCCUCUGGCGGAUCGCAAACCCCGUCAGGUCUUGCGCGAGCACUUUCAAUCAUUGCUGAAGAAAGCGGGCUGGCUGUGACCGAUCUGACAGACGGUACUGUCCUUGCCGACGCCGGUAUCGACUCUCUGCUUGCCUUGACCAUCUCGGCGCGCUUCAAAGAAGAAUUAGACGUGGAUCUGGACUUUAAUGCCCUUUUCAUUGAGUAUCCCACCGUCGGUGAGCUCAAGACAUUCGUCGGUAAAGUAACUUGUAGUACAGUCAGUUCUGCUGAAACAUCGAACCCUACCUCCGGCGCAGCCGAAUAUGCGGAUACCAUCGUGUCGUCUUCCGCUUCUAUGGCAGGAGGCAGCCUUGAGAAACAUCAGGACGGCCCACUCGCUCAAAAAGUCGACGUCAACCGAGCUCUCCAAAUAAUUUCGGAGGAGGGCGGGGUAGCAAUGGAAGAUCUUACCAACGACACUGUCUUCUCCGAUGCAGGUGUAGACUCUCUCCUCUCUCUGGUCAUUACGAGUCGGUUCCGGGACGAGCUUGGGCUCGGCAUCCAACUGGAGUCAUUGCUGCUGGAGUGCCCAACUGUGGGCGAACUGAAGGCAUACUUGCUCGGAGGAGACUCUGACACUACACAAGCUGCCACACAAUCAUCUUCUCCUUUUCUUGUAGCUGCUGCGUCUCUCCCUACGACGGAUACCAAGGUGUCCGAGAUUAGAUCUGAUCUACCGCCGAGGUCUCAAGAGGAAAGCAGUGCACUAACGGCUCGUCAAAAUGCUGUCGAUAGACUCGUUCGCAAGUAUACGUCCGGAUUCUCGGCACCGCAGUCAGUCCCUUCAUCUUCGGCACCAACCGAAGAGGGUACAGUCGUUUUGGUGACUGGUGCGACAGGAAGCCUGGGAUCUCACUUGGCGUACAUGCUGGCUCAGCGAGCUGACCUAAAGAGAGUUGUCUGCCUCAACCGUGAGAAUAGAGGUGAUGCAUACACGCGACAGGUCAAGACGAUGAGAGAGAAGGGGAUUCGAUUCCCAGAGACGCUCAAACCGAAGCUUCUUGUCUUGCAAGCAUAUACGUCCAAGCCCAUGCUAGGCCUAGAGAGAAAUACCUACGGAAAUCUAGUAGAUUCUAUUACCCAUAUCAUCCAUAACGCGUGGCCCAUGAGUGGACAGCGAGCCCUGGACAGAUUUGAGCCUCAGUUUCAAGUGAUGCAGAAUCUGAUCCAGUUGUCAUCCGACAUUGCCAGCCGGCGUCUGUCCUCCUUCAAGGUCAGCUUCCAAAUGGUGUCUUCAAUAGGCGUUGUAGGUCUGUACGGCCUACAGGACAGCAAGGAGCACAAGGACAAGACGAAGCCGACGGUGGUGCCUGAAGCAAGGCUCGGCAUCGACUCGACAGAUGUCGUUGCAGGGUCCAAGAGCCACGGCUACUGGAACCCGAUGGAGCACAUCAGCUUCUUGGUCAAAUUGUCGCAGACAGUCAAGGCUCUGCCAAACCUCGGUGGAACGGUGCGCUGGACUCCGGCCGAGGAUGUGGCUGGUACGCUGAUCGACCUUGUCCUGUCAGAUCAGAAACGCGACCCCCAUCCGUUCUAUCACAUAGACCACCCUGUUGGUCAGCCCUGGGCUCAUGUGAAUGCAAUUCUCGCUGACAAAAAAUUAAUCUGA